AUGAAUUCUAGAGCACCUACUUGUGGAUGCUGUCCAUUGCAAGAAUGUCAAGCAAAACCAGUACCAUGUUCGGCAAAUCCUGACUAUUGCAGUCAGUCAAAUCGAACAGCACUGUUACUUAGUGACACAAACACCGUAGCUGUUCAAAGGUUAGUUAGUAAUUUACAAUCCGUUGGUUUAACAGUCAACUACAUCUCUGGUGGUAUUUCAAAUUAUACCGGGUCACCAAAUGCCGCUAAUUACGAUGCAGUAAUUUUAAUAACUGGCAAUGAUUAUUUAGCAGAUAUGCCAAGUAGUGGGCAAGAGUCUAUUCGGAAUGCUCAACAAAAUAAUGGCACUGGCAUAGUAAUGACCGAAUGGGCAGCAUAUCAUGUUUUAGGUGGAAGAUGGUCACUACUAUCUCCACUUUUGUUGGCUGCAAGAAAAACAGGCAUGACUGCAAGCAUGUCCUUUGAUUUGGUUAGUAUCAAUCACCCAAUUUGGAACGGCUUAGCAAUAUCUUUCAAUACGUCGGUUGCAUUUGGCUACAGUGUAUUGGAUACACCGAAAAAUGAAAGCAUAAUAAUAGCAGAUUGUAGAUCAUGUGGUGGACCUGCAGUCAUCGUUCGUCCUAGUGUUGCGUCUACUGGUCGUAUAGUACAGAUUGCUCAUGGUGCUCAUUAUAGUAGCGGUGAAACUGUAUUCAACUGGGGAAACGAUGCCAAUGUCGUAACUAUGAUGAAUAAUGCAGUUAAAUGGUCAGCGAAAAUGAUUUGA